UCUGAGCACUUGGGAGGCAGAGGCAGGUGGAUCUCUGUGAGUUCGAGGCCAACCUUGUCUACACAGUGAGUUCCAGGAUAGCCAAAGCUGUUACACAUAGAAACCCUGUCUCGACACAACACACACACACACACACACACAGUAAAAAGAAAAGUCAGGAAGUGGCUCAGUGCUAGAAUGGGGAAAGGAGAGUGUGGUGGGUGACUGGAAGACACUGAGGAUGGGGUCUGAGUCACCAGCUCAUGAGGACCUCUGAGAGAGACUGCCAUCAAAGUCACUAGGGCCAGAGCCCGGGCCUUGUGCAGCCAGCCAAGUCUGCUGUCCAUCGAGAAGACACAGCGAAACCUGGAGGGGAGUCUCGAAGGAGACCCUCCACAGUUCACCGUCUUGGGCCUCACUGGGAGGGGAAGCAGAUUUUCCGAUAGCCAAAGGGCAGGGUUCGACGGAAGGUCUGUUUCUGCUCGGCUGCCCCGGGCCGGGCCGGGCUGGCUUAAGCGUAUCUGAGGAGCCCUUCCCACCGAAAGCACUGGAGCGCUUCCCCAGGGCCUGGAGCUGGCCUCUGCUCUGCUCAGCCCCUCAGGAGAGCAGCAGCCAUUCUGCCUGCCAGAGUCAGGGGCUGAAGACAAGACUCUGAACCAAAAUAGCUCUUUUCCAUAAACAAAGCUGCUUUUCAUUGGGGAGAAUGUAAACAGGCAGAUGCGUUAGAGCCACACCAUCCGGCAGCACUGUCGCCGGGUGCGCUGCGGGGAGGUAGGCCUGGGAGGCCCGAGCCCAACAGCCGCUGUCUGGCCGCCGGAUCCAGGAAGGAGCUGGGCUGCCAGGGUCAGCUGGGAGCCGGGCACGCGGCUCUGUCCGGGAAGUUUGGGUGCCCGGCUGCCGGGAACUGAGAAGAGUGUCCUGGCUCCCGAGGAGCAGCGGCUCUGGUCUUGCCCAGUGAGGCCCAGCAUUUGAGGGAAUCUUGUCCUUCUUCUCUUCAAGGUCACCAUUCCAACUCGCAGGAGACUUCAGCGUGUCCGCUGACAGCAGACGGAGCAGCACACGGAACGGUGGCAGCAACCGUGAAUAGGUCACUGUCGGCAGGCUCCUCUCCAGCCUCACAUGGCUCCCGAGUGUUUACUCAGGAGUGAGCUGCUGAGGAACCUCUGGGACCCUCAGGCGAGUCGGGCAGCGGCCCUCAGCCUGUGGUCGAGAUCCCUUUGGGGCUUCACAGCAGGGGCUACGGGGUCCUCACGAUCUUCUUCAAGGAUCAGCCUGGAAGACCCACCAAGAGGCAGCAGCGGUUUGCCCAGUGGAGACCCCACCGUGCUCUCCUCCCAGGAAGUGGGGCCAGGUCUGAGGUGUGGCCCUCUGCCCCCCCAGGCCAUUGGUGACCCCAACCUCCUCCUCCUCCACCACCCUCCCCCUGGCAGCAGGAAGGCGGGCCUGCUAUCUGCGCUCUCAUCUAACUACCCCCAGAGGAGAGAAAUGUCAAUCAUCCAACCAGACUGCUUGUUCCCUCAGAAGCUGAGGCUAAAUUGACCCACGUGGCUCGAACCCUCCACAGUUCCUCAUUUCCCACUUCCCCUAAUUGAGGAGAAGCUUCCUAUGAACCCAAGAUGGCAUUUAGGGAUAAGCAGACCAGCAGCUAAACACCAGGCGACACGGAGAGCACACCUUCCCCACGACGGGCCUCGCUGCCUCGUUAUUAAAUUUAUGCCUGUCUGAUAAGGCCAACAGCCUCUUCUGCACAUUCUGUUUGCCCUGGUGGGACCCUGUUUCCUGUGAACCCCGUACUUCUGGCCAGGCCUCCAGGUGGCAGUUCAAAGAUCCCUUUGCUAACCUCUGGGGACCCUUCGGGACCAGACACCCAAGUGUCGACACCCAUUUUCCAGGCUUCUAGAAGAAAAGAAGAGCAAGGGGAGCACGUCAGCUCUCUUGUGAUGCAUGCUGGGUAACCCAGCCCCUGAGGGCUGGUCCUCAGGACGUCGCCUCUACAGGGCAGGACCCUGGCCUGCUGGGGGUGGAUGUGACCGUGGCCUGCUGGGGGCGGGGACCGUGGCCUGGGACCGUGGCCUGGGACCGUGGUUUGGGGUCACCCUCUGCCCGGGACCCACUGUUGGGUGUGUGUUGGGACCUGCAGCCUGGCAGCAAGUCUUGGCCAAAUUAGCUGAGUUUCCUUCGGAGAAAAAUGUAAUCAGUCGUUUCUUUUGGGUCCAUUUUAGCAAAUUAACUAGUCCAGUGUCUCCUUACUGUUUUAUUGGGUGGAUGAUGCAUGAAAACAGGAGGCCACGGCGGGGACUCGGCUUGGGAGGCAUGUGUGCACGGCAGGGGGGUCAGGGGUCACAGGGUCAGGGCCUGCAGGGAGGUCACAGGGUCAGGGCCCACACUUCAGGGAGGUCAGGGGUCACAGGGUCAGGGCCUACAGGGAGGUCACGGGGUCAGGGCCCACACUGCAGGGAGGUCACAGGGUCAGAGUCUACACUGCAGGGAGGUCACAGGGACAGAGUCUACACUGCAGCGGGGUCAAGGGUCACAGGGUCAGGGCUCACACUGCAGGGAGGUCACAGGGUCAGAGUCUACACUGCAGUGGGGUCACGGGGUCAGGGCCCACACUGCAGCCAUGGUGCCCACUCAUUCAGGGUAGAGGCCAGGUCUCCAACCUGCCACGUGGCACCUGUGGUCUUGAACUGGUGACCCUCCCGCCUCCACCUCUGACAGUGGAGGUUACAGGCGUCUACCACACUGGGCUCUGCAGUGCUGGGGUGGAACCCGGCUUCCUGUGCGCCAACUGAGCCCCAGCCCACACGCCUUUCCCUUUCCUCCUCUCUCUCCUCCCUUCUCUCUCCUCCCUUCUCUCUCCUCCCUUCUCUCUGUCUGUCUCGCUGUCUCUUGUCCCUGUCUGUUUGCCUCUCUGUCUCUCUGUCUGUCUCUGUCUCUGUCUCUCUUUCUCUCCCUUUUUUCUUUCCUCCCCCUCCCUCCCGUUUCCUUUCUUUCUUCUCUCCCAUUCUUCCUCCCUGCCUUUUCUUGAUGGGUGUUUUGAGGCCCGCUAUCUCCUCCAGGCUGGCCUUGAACCCCUGACCCUCCCACAUCAGCUUCUGCUGGGAGGACAGGCAUGCACAGCUUUAGCAGAGGAUGCCAGUGGCUUCUGUUCUUUGUUUCUGGACAACAGAACUGUCACAUGCACGCACGGUAGCUGGCGGUGGAGUGGGUCUCGCCAUCCGUCCACGGUGGGGAGCGGAGUCCGGGACGGCGGGAACACCCUGGGCCCUGUUGACUGCGUCCACACCCUCCCGUGUGUGUUGGGACUGGCAGCCUGGCAGCAAGGCACCGGCCAAAUUAACUCAAUUUUCCUUUGGGGAAAAAUGUAAUCAGUUAUUUCAUUUGGGUCCAUUUCAGCAGAUUAGCUCACCCAGUGUUUUCGGCAUUCUUGUUUUAAUGGGCAGAGUGUGGAAAUGAGGCUCACGCGAUGGCCUUGGGGACGGCCUUCCCAGCUUGCUCCCUCACGACAACCCUCAUCUAUUAGGAACUUGGGGAAACACUUUUCUUGGGCUUUGGGGAUAUGGCUCAGUGGGUAAAGCGGGCUUGCAUAAGCAUGAGGACCCAAGUUCAAAUCCCGAGCACCCAUGUAAAAGCCAGACAUGGUAGCCCAUGCCUGUAACUCAGUGAGAGAGAGAAAGAGAGAGAGAGAGAGAGGGAGAGAGAGAGAGAGGGAGGCAGGCUAAUCCCUGGGCUUUAUUGGCCAGCCGGGCCAGCAAUUGUGAGAGGUUCCGUGAGAGGCCCUGCCUCACAGAGUAAGGUGAGACCUGUGUGGCCGCCUGACCGUGUUGGGGGCAGCUUAGUCUCUUGACAAAAGUGGUAAGGAGAGAGCUGACAUCUGAGAGCUGCCCUCUGACCUCAUCCAGUGCUUUGCACGCACACAAAGUAAAUAAAAAGGCAAUAAAAAUAUUAUAAAAUAGUAAUGUCUAGAGUUAUUGAGGAACACACUAAUAUUGACCUCUAGUUUCUAUGUGCACACCACACACACACACACACACACACACACACACACAUGAUACCUUUUUCUUCCUGGUUGUACCUUGGUUUGGAAACUCAGCGAUGGUCUCCUGAGAGCUGGACCAUGGUUCUUUGACCUGACUUUUUGCUCUUGUCCCUCCAGCCGCCUCCCUGAAGAAGGAGGCCCAGAGAGGUGUGGCCAGGUGACCUCCUGUGACCUUUCUGCCUUUCUCACUGAUCUCUCUCCUCCCACCAAAUCGGACUCAGGACUGUCUAUUUUUUUCCACCCACUACCUUUCAACUCAAGUUCUGGUUUAUAAAUAAUAUAUUCUGCAAGCUGGGCCCGGGAAGGACGUUCAUUCUGCCCUGAAAUAUUUAUAGCCCAGGGUGUCUGCCUUCUUUGCCUCAGAGUCAUUUUUUAGAGUGGUGGGCUGAGGGGGAGAGAGACAGAGAGAGACAGGGACACAGAGAGACAGAGACAGAGAGACAGAGAUAGAGGAAGAAAGAGAGACAGACAGAGACGGGAGACAGGGACAGAGAGAGACAGAGAGUGAUAGAGACAGAGAGAGAGGGAGACAGAGAGAGCAAGCGCGGCAGCAGAAGAUGCAUCUUUCCCGUCCUGUGGCUGUAGAGAGGAUGCAGCAGUGGUUCCUGGGGACAGUUCCCUGGCCCAGAGCUCCUAAAUUAUCUCAGCUCAGCGCUGUGACAGACUCAGCUGUCCCGGGAACGGACGGGGCCUUCUGACAUGUGCCUGGUAAUAACACAGCCGCACAGGGGUUGGGAUUCCCUCUGGAAUCGUUAGUCCUGUCCUGGAAGCAGGGAGUGAGAACUUUACAAAUGGGGAAACUGAAGUGGAGACCGGAAACAGCGGCACACCGCAUCAAAGCAGCAGAACUGCAUUUGUCUAUUUGCUUUCCUGGGGUAAACUGUGAGCAGACACACAUCAUGGCCCUGAUGGAAUCUUUUCCUAUUGAUUGAUUUCAACACUGGGGACUGAAUCCAAGGCCUCCAAACUACACAGGUGCUCUAUCACCGAAAAAUGCUUCUAUCCCCCUCACUGGGGAAUUCUAGACAGGGACUCUACCACUGAGCCACACCCUGGCCCCUCACUGGGGGAUUCUAGGCAGGUGACCACUGAGCCACACCCAGCCCCUCACUGGGGGUUCUAGGCAGGUGACCACCGAGCCACACCCAGCCCCUCACUGGGGGAUUCUAGGCAGGGGCUCUACCACUGAGCCACACCCCAGCCCCUCACUGGGGGAUUCUAGGCAGGGGCUCCACCACUGAGCCACAGCCCAGCCCUUCACUGGGGGAUUCUAGGCAGGUGACCACUGAGCCACACCCCAGCCCCUCACUGGGGGACUCUAGGCAGGGGCUCCACCACUGAGCCACACCCUGGCCCCUCACUGGGAGAUUCUAGGCAGGGGCUCCACCACUGAGCCACACCCUGGCCCCUCACUGGGGGUUCUAGGGAAGAACAGGAGGCUGACAGGUACUGAAAGAUCAGUGGUCAAGGAGGCACCUGGGGAUCUUCCACCUCUGUUGCCUCCUGCUGUGUGGCCUGGAAAUUUACCCUGGACAGGGUGGUACAGCAGUCCCAGAACUGAGAUAGGAGGAUGUUGAGGAUGUUGGGCUAAGGAGAUAAGGAAGAGAAGAUGGGUGAGAAAAGGAAGGAGGAAGAAGAAAAGAGGAUAUAGGAGGAGCAGGAGAUGGAGGAGGAAGAGGGAUAAAGUUUCACUCAGCAUUUGGGGACCAGGGGCUCCCCCUUCCCAGCAGGCAUCCUGAAUGCAGACCCUGAUGCUACCCUUCACUUCUCAGCUACCCUGGACAUUUUUCCUCCACUCGGCCAGCAGGAGAUGCGGGUUCCUCCCACACACCUCCAGAGCUGGCCACAUCCACAGGAACAGGAAUUGAGACAGGAAGAGGAGGGGCAGGCGGAAUCCACAGGCGGAGCUCAUCAAGCUCAGGGUGUCUCCUCGUGUGUGGGCUCCGAACACUCUUCAGAGAAGAAGGUCACGGGGAGCCCAAGAUGAGGCUGCUCAGACGAGGGACUGACUAGUUCAUGAGAUAGUGGCACAGAUGGGAGCCCCUGCUUCCUGGCUUCCUUCCUUCCCUCUUUCCCCCUCUCCCUCCCACCCUCCUGUGUUCAUGUUUGUGCAUGUGUGUUCAGUGCAUGUUUGUGUUCUCCUGAGUGUGCACACACAAGAGACGGUCCCUCCCCGGACCCGGCUAGGCUGAGCCUCGGGAGGCUGCCUGCCUCUGGCAAGUGUGAGGUUUGAGCGGCCGCUGCGCAGGCUCUUACACGGGGGUCCAAGCUCUGACCUCAUGGCUGUCGCCCCUGGCUGAGCCCCCCCCUGCAGCUGGACCUCGGCUCAGGGCACAGCCCUGCCGCACUGUGGUGGGGAGGGGCUCAGGGUUAGGGCCAGGGCCCAACCGUGGCUGCGUGCUCUCUGGGGGCCCAGCCCGCCUCACGGAUGUUCACCGAGAGCCGGGACUGGAAGGGGGCAGAUCUGUGGGAGCCCCGCUCUCUGUCCAAACAGGGAGGCCGGGAUGGCGCCAGCCGCGAGCUCAUGCGUGACAAGGCCAUCCCAACCACGUGCUCACGCGUGACAAGGCCAUCCUUUUGGACUUGGGCUUCCCCGGGGCGUUUAUCUCCACAGAAAGCCUGGGCAGCAGCUCCGGCUCACAUCCGUCCCUCCUGAGCCUGGGCUCCGCAGCUGCCCCCUUGGUGUCCUUGCCCUGGCCUGGGCCCUGGCCUCCGCCCUCUGCCACACUGCUCUCACCCGCUCUCCUCAGAACGGGGCGUGGAGAGGUCCGGAGAACUCCUCAUCCCAUGCUGGGGUCCGGCCAGCCCCUGGGUACACGGAUUGCCUAUAUCACGCCUUUUCUGGCGGGCGCUCACUCCUUCCUGCGGGGCAGCACUUCUUGGGGCGCCUUCACCUGAGCACCUCACCCUCAGCCAUCGCCUCACUGUCUGGGAUGGAGAUGAGGCGCAGGGCCGCCCUCCUCGACCUCCUAAGCCGUCCCCUGUGGGAAGAUGGCUUUCGUGGCUCCCCGCAGCUGAGCACUGCUGGCUCUCCCAUCGCUGUGGUGUGCGGACUUUGAGAACCCGGGAAUGUGCGCGUGAGAGGUGGGCAGGUCGGGGCUGGGAGCCGGCUCAUGAGAACCCGGGAAUGUGCUCAUGAGAACCCAGGAAUGUGCGCGUGAGAGGGGGCUCGUCGGGGCUGGGAGACGGGUAGUCGGUGCUGUGCAGCGCGCUCUCCUUAUGAGGAACCAAGACUCCCCCCACAGCUCACGUUAAGAGGCCAGGUGUGCUGGUGUCCACUUGCAAUCCCAGAGCUCUGCACAAGCGCAUCCUGGGCUCACCGGCCAGCAGAGAUCCGUCUCAGGAAAACACGGUGGACAAGGAUGGGGGUAACGAUAGAGUGUCCGGCACACAAGGCCUUGCUUCACCCACCACCCGACACAUCAGUGAGUUAUCUAACCCAGCACCUGGGAGAUGGAGACAGAGGGAUCAAAAGUUCUAGGUCAUUCUUAGCUACAUAGUGAAUUUGGGGCCAACCUGGGCUACACGAGACUCUAUCUCAAAACAAAAUAAACUACAAAGCAACCCAAGGGGUGGACAGCAUCAAAGGAAUGACAGCCAAGGGAGUCCUCUGGCUUUCACACACAUGCACACGUGUGUACAGGUAUGCACAGAGAGAGUACAGACAUACAGACAGAGAGGGAGAGUGUGGGAGACCGACAAACACAAAUACAGAGAGACAGCCAGCCAGACACAGACAGACAGACACAGAGAAACAGACAGAUAGAAACAGACAGAUGGACAGAUGCAGAGAUCCAGCCAGACAUAGACAGAGACAGAGAGACAGACAGACAGACACAGAGAUAUAGACACAGAAAGACAGACAGACACAGAAAGACUGACACAGAGAGACAGACAGAGAGACAAAGAGACAGACAGACACAGGGAGAGAGACAGAUACAGAGAUGGGGCGGGCCAGGAAGUGGGUCUGGAAACAAUGGCUCAAGCAGAGCAUGGCCUCCUGGCCCUAUGGGGCCCAGCGUGGCUUUGCAAGAGAAAAUCCAGCUGGAAGGAAGCGUUGGGAGGUGAGGAGGUGCCGAGAAGGGCAGACCUUCAGAAGGCUGGUUCGUCACUCUGGCUGCUUCGUGCGACAUGGUUUCCACGCGUUCUUCACCUUGGCUCCGCCUUGCCUCAGGCCCCAGGCGGUGGGGCUAACAGGGAGGAGGCGCCAAGGAGAGCCCGGAAGCGGGCAGAGGGCACGGCCAGCUCCAACGUCUUCUCCAUGUUCGACCAGUCCCAGAUUCAGGAGUUUAAAGAGGCCUUCACCAUCAUGGACCAGAACCGCGAUGGCUUCAUAGACAAGGAGGACCUGAGGGACACCUUCGCUGCCCUGGGUCGCAUAAAUGUCAAGAACGAGGAGCUGGAAGCCAUGUUGAAGGGCGCUCCGGGGCCCAUCAACUUCACAGUCUUCCUGACCAUGUUUGGGGAGAAGCUCAAGGGAACGGACCCGGAAGAGACCAUUCUGCACGCCUUCAAGGUGUUUGACACCGAGGGAAAGGGCUUCGUCAAGGCUGACGUCAUUAAGGAGAAGCUUAUGACCCAGGCUGACCGGUUCAGUGAGGAGGAGGUCAAGCAGAUGUUUGCGGCUUUCCCGCCAGAUGUGUGUGGCAACCUGGACUACAGGAAUCUAUGCUACGUCAUCACGCAUGGCGAGGAGAAGGACUAGGAGGCGCGCCUCACCUGCAGUCAGCCGAGGCCGGGUGGGGUGGGGUGGGGGCAGGGCUGUCCUGGCUGGCGCAGGCAGGGAAGUGGUCUCCAUCACCCGCAGUCUUGGGCUGAAGUGGGAAUAAAUGACAGAGACGUUGU